CCGCUGCGUGCCAGUACCGGCGUUUCCAAGGUUCCCAGGUUCGACCGAAGGUUGGGCGUCGACGAGCACGUGGUGCUGAUGCAGAAAGAUCUGGCAAACAUGAAUAAACUUUCGCUGCAACGCCUUCAGCCGAUCGAACAAGCCACGCGUGCUAUUUGCGGGCUCGCUCAGCAAUGUGCCGCGGUCGGCGGUGCAGUCAGUGUGCGCUUGUACGCCACUGCUUGGGGUGCUUGAAUGGAUGUUCCACAAACAAAUCUGCACGACAUAGAGGCUCUUCACCUCGAGGUAUGUGGAAACUCGUCAAAGCACUUCAAGCAGCGGCAAACAGCCGUAUACAUGAGGCAGCGUGCUCAACCAGUGUGCUCGGUACCUUUUUCACGCCUAGUCCAAAAGUCACGGGUUUUAUCACUGUGACUGGCGCUCCGCCGGCAACUCGGAAUCGGGAUUCAGCUCCUGACUGCCCUGCUGCACAACUGCACAAUACAGACCUCAGCUCAGCUCCCCUGAAGCCUCGAAAACUCCCCGCUCGGUCACGCUUUUCCGACCGGUCCCGCCCGCCGGCUACGAUCGGCUCCCGACUUCACGAUAGUCCUGAUUCCAGCCAGCUUGGUGUCUCUCCACCAGAAGCUUCCUUUCGCGCCCGAAAUGCGGGCCACCAAAGGCAAGGGCGCUUGCUGGCACUCUGGGGAAACGAAAGACUAUUUCUAUCUCGUGAGAGAUCAGGACGCGUCACUAAGUUGACAAAGAAUGGCUGCACUGAUCGCGGGUGGUGUUUUGCAUUUCAGCGCUGGCGGCGGAUACCGCAAAGUCUCUUGGCAAUAAAUAACGCUCAUUCGACAAGACUGAUUGACCGCUCUCUGCAUCUUUGUGGGGUAGUCUAGAGCCUCGUCGAAUAGCGAUCAGCACACCAAGAAUGACAGCCAAGCAUCUACAACAGGAGGGCAGACAGACCAGGUCUCCUUCCGGAUUUUCCUCGUCUCCUACCUGAUGGACGAAGGGACUCCUGCACCACUAGCUGGCAUAGCGGCUUCACGUCAUCGGUAAGGCUCCCGCUUAAGGCUUCCGAUAUCUGCGGGUGCUGCGCCGGAAUCCUAUAAGUACACGAUCCUCCAAAGUAGACACAGCUCAAGCCUUCCUUCCUUUUUCUCUCCUUGAUUUCAUUCCACUUUGAAAGACUCGCUGCUGUUUGGUCACGCGGCUGCACGAGAGUUUGUCACCCAAGCGCCUCCAUACUGUGUCAGGUGUAUCCCAAAGACAAAUCAGGGUCGAACCUUGGUACAGUCCGGCUACGAUCCACGUGUGGAACACAGCAUUUCGAAUCAUUAACCCACUUUAAAUAUUUCGCUCUAUAAAGUCUUGUA